AUGGUGAGGAGCAAAGAGGUGCCCAAGAAGCCCAAGGACCCGCUCCUCACCCCUCCCUCCAACCCCAGGGGCUUCAGCACCUUCAGGGACGCCGGCGGCGGCCUCGGCGGGAGCCUCCCGAGGAACCGCGGCGGCGCGGCCAUGACGUCCCCGGCCCCGGCCUCCGUGCCCAACUACAUGCGCGGCACCAGCAGCUCCGGCGCCAAGGCCGGCCAGCUCCAUCGCCAUCGCGCGUCGGCGUCCGCGUCCGCGUCCACGCCGACGAGGCAGCGCAGGCCGCUGCGGGUGACGCCGAGGGGCAAGGUGCUGUUCCCGGCGCCCGCGUCGCCCGGCAUGGUCCGGCCCACCUGCUCCUCCACCCUGAAGGACGCCAAGUUCCCCCGCGCGCUCGGCCUGGCGCCCGGGGCCACCGACGCCGAGGGCCCCGCGGCGAUGCGGGUCUGCCCCUACACCUACUGCUCCCUCAACGGCCACGCCCACGCGCCCGCCGUGCCGCUCCGCAGCUUCCUCGCCGCGCGCCGCCGCCUCAUCAAGACGCAGCAGAGCAUGAAGCACAAGGGCGUCUCCGCCUUCCGCAAGGGCUCCACCGCCCACCAAAAACCGGAGGGCAAGAACUCCGUCUGCGCCGGCGCUGUCGCCAAGGUCGCGCCGCCGGUUGUCGACGAGGUCGGCGACUUCUUCGUGGAGGUGUACACCGGCCCGAGGGUCAGCUCCGGCACCAGCUGCAGCGACAUGUCCUUGGACGAGAUGGACGACGACACGGUCAGGCGGAUGGAGUUCCUUGUAUUCGACCGUUGCGGCGCCGACGACGACGUCGACAAAAGUAACGAUCUUGCUGUUCACGGUGACGGUGACGGCGAGGACAGACCUGGUGUCUGCAGGGACAGUUCGUCGGAGUGCAGCGAUCCAGGCGUCUCCGGCAAUCUCGUGGAGGAGCUGCCGUGGAUGAGGUACCAGGGGUACGAGUGCGAUAGCCUGGAUGACGAUGUUUCAGAGGAGCAGAUUGGGGAAGCAGAGGUUCUUGCCCAGCUUCAGGAAGGUGAAGAUGAAGAGGGCAAGUCCUGCGGAUCAGGCGAUGAGCGCGAAGAGGAGGCCAUCGAAGAACAGGAACCAGAAGAUGAGGAGAUCGUCUCAGAUUUGCCCUCUGAAACAGGGAUCGUCGCCGAGGAAGAAGGCGUCGAUUGCAGAUUGGACACAGUGAAUCAACAUGAGGCUUCCACAGCAGAAGACACACAAGAUCUAGGAGACGAUGAGGAGUGCGUUUCGGAUGGUGGCCACGAAAUGGAGAUCGCCGCCGAGCGAACAUGUGCUGUUUCUACGGUGGAGGUCUGCAGGGAGCAGGAAGAAGACGAAGACAUCAUCCUGGGCGAAGUGUGUCAAGCGGAUACUUCUGAUGGACAUGGCACAUCAGAAGAGACGCUCUCGGAAUCGGAAAUUCCUAUGUCUGAAGUUAUGGAGAAUGUCCUGGAAGACGGAUGCAAAGAGGAGAAUUCAGCAGAUCAAGAGGCAGAGGAUGACGAGACCAGCAUGGAUUCUGCCAACGAAUUAGAAAUCAGCGAGAAGCAGAAGGAUGCCGAGUCUGAAAUGGAGAUUUCCGAGACUGUCCCCGAUGUUGCAUGCGAAGAGGAUUUCUGUGAGCAAGAAUCAACCUCCGGAGCUGUUGCAGAAGUGUGUCAAGGGGAUACUUCUGAUGGACAGGGCACAUCAGAAGAGAAGCUCUCAGCAUUGGAAAUUCCUGAAGCUGAAGUUACAGAAAGGGUGGAGAAUGUCCUGGAAGACGGCUGCAAAGAGGAGAAUUCAGCAGAGGAUGACGAGACCAACAUAGAUUCUGCUCUCCGAUUCGAAAUCGCCGAGAAGGAGAAGGAUGAUGAUGAGUCUGAAAUGGAGAUUUCUGAGACUGUCCCCGAUGUUGCACGCGAAGAGGAUUUCUAUGAGGAAGAAGCAGCCUCCCGAGCUGUUUCAGAAGGUGAAGUUUCUGACUCCAAUGCUAUUGCUUCUCCAGAUGUUGAAAUCUCGAAUCAGCCAACAGAUGGUGGCUUUGAACAAGAUGCGACCACUGUAGAAGAUGCAUUUGAGCAACUUGAUACUGCUGCAGAGAAUACUGUGAGUGGCACAGAAGAUGCUCAAAGGGGAUUGGAGAUUACCACAUGCAAAUCUGAAGAUGUUUCUGCGGAAUCUGGUAUAACCCAAGAAAGCAGCCAGGUCGUUUACUCUGUAUGUGUUGAUGCCCCUGCUAAAAUGCAACCAGAGAUUACAGAGCACGGGCCGGAAGACUCUUCUGAAGAAUCUAGUAUUCCCCAAGAAAGUAGCGAAAGUAAUAUGUCUGCUCAUGUUGAUAAUGGUGCUCAAAUAGAAUUGUCUGCUGACGCCACUGCUCAGAUGGAACCAGCGAUUACAGAGUGCAAGCUGGAAGAGUCUUCUGAAGAAUCGGGUAUUCCUCAAAAAAGUAGCCAAAGCAGUAAGUCUGCUCAUGCUGAUAAUGGUGCUCAAAUAGAAGUAUCUGCUUAUGCCACUGCUCAGAUGGAACCAGAGAUCACAGAGUGCAAGCUGCAAGAGUCUUCUGAAGAAUCGGGUAUUCCUCAAAAAAGUAGCCAAAGCAGUAAGUCUGCUCUUGUUAACAAUGAUGCUCAAACAGAACCAGAAUUUACAACAUGCAAGUCAGAAGGUCCUUGCGAAGAAUCUGGCAUCGUUCAAGAAGUCGUUCAUGAUGGCAACUCUGCAUAUCUCGGUGAGGGUGAUCAAAUGCACUUGGGAAAUGUCAUAAGGGAGUUGGAAGCCACCUCUGAAGAAUGUGGUAUUGGUCAGGAAAUUGGUGAAGAUAACUCAGCACUUGUCAGUGAUGAUACUCAAAAUGGUUCCGAGUUAGCAAUGUGUGAGCUGGAUGAUGCUUCUGAAUCUGUUGCGGUACAGGAGACUGAUCAGAAUCACAACUGUGAGGAUGUGGUUAGUGCUGCUCUAAAUGAAUCUGAGCUUAUUACCCCAUCUGAACUAGCAAAUGCGGAAACAAUGGCACGUGAACCAGAACAUGCUCACGAAGAACUGGAUAUUAUUCAAGAAGGUGAUAAAGAUGGUUGCGCUGCUGGUGUCUGUGCUGGUGCUCUGAAGGAAACACAGACAAGCAACAUAAAAGAUGCUUGUGAAGAAGUUUGUGUUACCGGAGAAGCUAAUCUCUUGCACGCUGAGCACAACUAUGACCUCUCCACUGCUGACAGCAAUGUGGAACCUCAGAGCCUACCAGCAGAAGAUGAUGCAAAAGAAUUUUCUGUUGAUGACAUGUGCAACAUAUUCAGCGGGAUGAACCUCAAAGGAGAUGUGUAUGUUGAUCCUACCGAGUCUGAGAUUAGCCCGAGAAAGAGACUGAUCAUUGCUGGGAGGAGGAGAACACCUGAAGAAGAGGAGCACAUGCGAGGUUUCAACCCAAGGGGGCCUAAUUUUCUUCCUUUGGAACUGGACCCAGACUCAGAGAAGGUUGAUCUGAAGCAUCAGACUGCGGAAGACCGUAAGAACGCGGAAGAGUGGAUGAUCGAUUACGCACUUCGGCGGGCGGUGAACAAUCUAGGCGCUCGGAAGAAGAAAGUGGAGCUUUUGGUCCAGGCAUUUGAGACGGUCCUACCGCAUGACGAGGAUGAGAAGAAGAACACACCCACAAGGGCUGUCCAAGCUUGCAACUGAUAAUAGUUCUAGUAGAGUUAGUGGUUGGACUAAUCAUGAUAUUGACGACUCGCGAGCUACUAACUCGGUGGUCGCUGCAAUAUUAGUGCCAGAGACCUGCUCCAAGCCUUCAAGUUGGACGAGAAUAACUACUUACUAGUUCACCAGAGAUCGAUCACUAGAGAUCUCUGAUUAAUGUGGAGCUCAGUACUUCUCCAUAGGGAGAGGGUAAAAACUAGUACCGAGUGAUGAAGAGUUUCCUAUCUAGUUGUUGAGCUGCAAAGGAGUAGCUCAACAACCAAGCCGUGUAUAUAUGUCUCAUAGUCUUAAUGUUUGGUAUUUGUACUGAUGUUUGUGACUUGUGCAAAAUGUCGAAGGGAUCAUCAGGUGCUGCACCUGCAUGGACUUGACAGAAAUCAAUAAAACUCAUUCUCGAGUUGCAUGCUUGCGGCGAGAAAGGUAAUCAUAUGUAUGUAUAGUAGUACCUGUGUAGUUGAGUUAUGUGCAAAUAAUGAGAAUCACACAAUGCCCCUGUGAAUGCA